AUGGAUCCAGUGCAACCUCAUGGAACACAAAACUCACUCCCUCCUCCUUUCCACUCAAGAGAUUUUCAGUUACACCUCCAACAACAGCAGCAACAAGAGUUCUUCCUCCAUCAUCACCAGCAACAAAGAAACCAAACCGACCAACAUGAUCAACAAGGAGGAGGACUAAACAGACAAAUCAAGAUGGAUCGUGAAGAGACAAGCGACAACAUAGACAACAUCGCCAACAACAGUGGCAGCGAAGGUAGAGAUACAAACUUAGGAGAAGGAGGAAGCGGUGGCUCAGGAGGAGAUCAGAUGACAAGAAGACCAAGAGGAAGACCAGCUGGUUCCAAGAACAAACCAAAACCACCGAUUAUCAUCACGCGGGACAGCGCAAACGCGCUACGAACCCACGUGAUGGAGAUCGGUGACGGCUGCGAUCUUGUCGAGAGCGUGGAGACUUUCGCACGACGACGCCAACGCGGCGUUUGCGUUUUGAGCGGUACAGGAAACGUCAUGAACGUCACCAUACGUCAGCCUGGGUCUCCUUCUCCUGGCUCGGUCGUUAACCUUCACGGAAGGUUUGAGAUUCUUUCUCUCUCAGGCUCUUUUUUACCUCCUCCUGCUCCACCUACAGCCACCGGAUUGAGCGUUUACCUAUCCGGAGGACAAGGACAGGUUGUUGGAGGGAGCGUGGUGGGUCCUUUGCUUUGUGCUGGUCCUGUUGUGAUUAUGGCGGCGUCUUUUAGCAAUGCGGCAUACGAGAGGCUCCCUUUAGAAGAGGAUGAGAUGCAAACACCAGUUCAUGGAGGAGGAACGAUGGAGCCACAGCCGAUGAUGGGAGGGCAACUACCACAUCAGCAACAACCUAUGUCGGCUCAUCAAGGGUUGCCACCUAAUCUUCUUGGUCCCUCUCAUCAAGGAUUACCACAGCAUGAUAAUCAAGCUUAUUGGUCAACGGGACGACCACCGUAUUGAUCAUAUUUCAUAUUACUCAUCAUCAUAGCUAGUUAUAUGUAUAUUUAUGGCUAGCUAACGAGCUUAUAUGAACAAAUAAGACUAUUAACUUAGUCGAGGAUGAUAUGGUGAAUAAGGAUUUGAUCCAGCUUAUUUGAUUCAACAUUCAUAAGAUGAAUCAGGUUUUUUUCCUCUUUUCUUUGUUGGCUCGUUUUAGUUCUUAAAUCUUUCCAUGUUGAUUUGAGUAGCACUUUCCUUUUGUUUCCUGCUUUUUCUUUGAUGAAAUUUGAUUAGUGAUUUGCAAUUUUUUUUUCCUGUUGUUGGCUCUAAGCACAAUUCUUACCAACAUUUUAUGGUGUUUUUUGAC